GCGGCGGCGGCGGCGGCUGGAGUGAGCGCUAGCUCGCAGCGCUGAGCGCGGUCCCAGUGUAGGACCGCGCGCCGGGCCGCGUCCUGUUCCUCAGGCCCGAGGGCGCUCCGACUCCCACGUUCCGCCAGCUCCCUGGUGGUUUCCUAGAAACAUGAUUGUUUACUGGACUUGAUCUCACAGCCCAGUGAGGACUUCUUUACUGAUAAUGUCAAGUUCAGGUUAUCCUCCCAACCAAGGAGCAUUCAGCACAGAACAAAGUCGGUAUCCUUCCCACUCUGUCCAGUACACUUUUCCCAGCACCCGCCACCAGCAGGAGUUUGCGGUCCCCGACUAUCGCUCUUCUCAUCUUGAAGUUAGUCAGGCAUCACAGCUCUUACAGCAACAGCAGCAACUUCGAAGACGACCUUCCCUGCUUUCAGAAUUUCACCCAGGUUCUGACAGGCCUCAAGAAAGGAGAUCUGGAUAUGAACAGUUUCAUCCAGGUCCAUCCCCAGUGGAUCAUGAUUCACUGGAAUCCAAGCGACCACGUCUGGAGCAGGUUACUGAUUCCCAUUUUCAACGUGUCAGUGCUGCGGUUUUACCUCUAGUGCACACACUGCCAGAAGGGUUGAGGUCUUCUGCAGAUGCUAAGAAGGAUUCAGCAUUUGGAGGCAAACAUGAAGCUCCAUCUUCUCCAAUCUCUGGGCAGCCAUGUGGAGAUGAUCAAAAUGCUUCACCCUCAAAGCUUUCAAAGGAGGAGUUAAUACAGAGUAUGGAUCGUGUAGAUCGAGAAAUUGCAAAAGUAGAACAGCAGAUCCUUAAAUUGAAAAAGAAACAACAACAGCUUGAAGAAGAAGCAGCUAAACCUCCUGAGCCUGAGAAGCCUGUGUCCCCUCCUCCUGUGGAGCAGAAACACCGCAGUAUUGUCCAAAUUAUUUAUGAUGAGAAUCGGAAAAAAGCAGAAGAAGCCCAUAAAAUUUUUGAAGGUCUUGGCCCAAAAGUUGAACUGCCACUAUAUAACCAGCCAUCAGAUACCAAGGUGUACCAUGAGAACAUCAAGACAAACCAGGUGAUGAGGAAAAAACUCAUUUUAUUUUUUAAAAGAAGAAAUCAUGCAAGAAAACAAAGGGAACAAAAAAUCUGCCAACGAUAUGAUCAGCUCAUGGAGGCAUGGGAGAAAAAAGUGGACAGAAUAGAAAAUAAUCCCCGGAGGAAAGCUAAAGAAAGCAAAACAAGAGAGUACUAUGAAAAGCAGUUUCCAGAAAUUCGAAAGCAGAGAGAACAGCAAGAAAGAUUUCAGCGAGUUGGGCAGAGGGGAGCUGGUCUUUCAGCCACCAUUGCUAGGAGUGAGCAUGAGAUUUCUGAAAUUAUUGAUGGUCUCUCUGAACAGGAGAAUAAUGAGAAACAAAUGCGACAGCUCUCUGUCAUUCCACCUAUGAUGUUUGAUGCAGAACAAAGACGAGUCAAGUUCAUUAACAUGAAUGGACUUAUGGAGGACCCUAUGAAGGUUUAUAAAGAUAGGCAGUUCAUGAAUGUUUGGACUGACCAUGAGAAGGAGAUCUUUAAGGACAAGUUUAUCCAGCAUCCUAAAAACUUCGGACUAAUUGCAUCAUACUUGGAAAGAAAGAGCGUUCCUGAUUGUGUUUUAUAUUACUAUUUAACCAAGAAAAAUGAGAAUUAUAAAGCCCUAGUAAGAAGGAAUUAUGGGAAACGCAGAGGCAGAAACCAGCAAAUUGCCCGUCCCUCACAAGAAGAAAAAGUAGAAGAAAAGGAAGAAGAUAAGGCAGAGAAAACAGACAAAAAAGAAGAGGAAAAGAAAGAUGAAGAAGAAAAGGAUGAGAAGGAGGACUCUAAAGAAAAUACCAAGGAAAAGGACAAGACAGAAGGUACAACAGAAGAAACUGAAGAGAGAGAGCAGGCCACACCCAGGGGGCGAAAGACUGCCAACAGUCAAGGACGCCGGAAGGGCCGAAUCACCAGGUCCAUGACAAACGAAGCUGCAGCUGCCAGUGCUGCAGCUGCAGCAGCCACUGAAGAGCCUCCACCACCUCUGCCACCGCCACCAGAACCUAUUUCCACAGAGCCUGUUGAGACCUCUCGAUGGACAGAAGAAGAAAUGGAAGUUGCCAAAAAAGGCCUAGUAGAACAUGGUCGUAACUGGGCAGCAAUCGCCAAAAUGGUGGGAACUAAAAGUGAAGCUCAGUGUAAAAACUUCUAUUUUAACUAUAAAAGGCGGCACAAUCUUGACAACCUCUUACAGCAACAUAAACAGAAAACUUCACGAAAACCUCGUGAAGAGCGAGAUGUGUCUCAAUGUGAAAGUGUCGCUUCCACUGUUUCUGCUCAGGAGGAUGAAGAUAUUGAAGCCUCCAAUGAAGAAGAAAAUCCAGAAGAUAGUGAAGGUGCUGAAAAUAGUUCUGAUACAGAAAGUGCUCCUUCUCCUUCACCAGUUGAAGCUGUCAAGCCCAGCGAAGACAGCAGUGAAAAUGCUGCUUCUCGAGGAAACACUGAACCUGUGGCUGAACUCGAGUCCACCAGCGAAACUGCACGGGCUGCAUCUCCCUCCUCAGCAGUUCCAAGUACAAAACCAGCUGAAAGUGAGAAGGUGGAGACCCAGGCAGAUGACAGCAUCUGUGUUGAGACGGCAGAGCCAAUGGACGUAGACCAUCAGGAGCACUGUGCUGAAGCAGGUUCUGUUCUUGAUCCCCCAGCCACUACCAAAGCAGACUCUGUAGAUGUUGAAACGGGGGUGCCAGAAAACAGUACAUCUACAGGUGAAGGAGAUACCAAAGAAAGAGACUUGGAGAGAGGUAGUGAGAAGACAGAGCCUAGAGAUGAAGAUUUGGUGGUAGCUCAACAGAUAAGUACACAAAGGCCCGAGCCCCAGUCAGACAAUGAUUCCAGUGCCACAUGCAGUGCUGAUGAAGAUGUGGAUGGCGAGCCAGAGAGGCAGAGGUUCCUCCAGCCCGCUCCACAUCAAAUGAUAACUAAUCUGCCUGAAGGGGUUCGGCUUUCAACUACUCGACCAACCAGGCCACCGCCUCCUCUUAUCCCAUCUUCCAAAACCACAGUGGCUUCAGAAAAACCAUCUUUUAUAAUGGGAGGCUCCAUCUCACAGGGAACACCUGGCACUUAUCUGACUUCUCAUAAUCAGGCUUCCUAUACUCAAGAAACAGCUAAACCCUCAGUGGGGUCUAUUUCUCUCGGAUUGCCACGGCAACAAGAAUCUACCAAAUCAGCUACUUUGCCCUACAUCAAGCAGGAAGAAUUUUCUCCCCGAAGCCAAAAUUCCCAACCUGAAGGUUUAUUGGUCAGGGCCCAGCAUGAAGGUGUGGUCAGAGGUACCACAGGAGCCAUCCAAGAAGGAAGUAUAACUCGGGGAACUCCAACCAGCAAAAUUUCAGUAGAGAGCAUCCCAUCUCUACGGGGCUCUAUCACUCAGGGGACCCCAGCUCUGUCCCAGGCUGGCAUACCAACUGAGGCUUUGGUGAAGGGAUCCAUUUCUAGGAUUCCCAUUGAAGAGAGCAGUCCUGAAAAAGGCAGAGAGGAAGCUGCAUCCAAAGGCCAUGUUAUUUAUGAAGGCAAAAGUGGACACAUCUUAUCAUAUGAUAAUAUCAAGAAUGCUCGAGAAGGGACUAGGAGUCCAAGAACAGCUCAUGAAAUCAGUUUAAAAAGAAGCUAUGAAUCAGUAGAAGGAAAUAUAAAACAAGGAAUGUCAAUGAGGGAGGCUCCUGUAUCGGCACCAUUAGAGGGGCUGAUAUGCCGAGCACUACCCCGGGGGAGCCCUCAUUCUGACCUCAAAGAAAGGACUGUGCUAUCUGGCUCCAUCAUGCAGGGCACACCAAGAGCAACAACUGAAAACUUUGAAGAUGGCCUUAAGUAUCCCAAACAGAUUAAAAGGGAAAGUCCUCCCAUACGAGCCUUUGAAGGUGCCAUUACCAAAGGAAAACCAUAUGAUGGCAUCACCACCAUCAAAGAAAUGGGACGUUCCAUUCAUGAGAUUCCACGGCAAGAUAUUCUAACUCAGGAAAGCCGAAAAACGCCAGAAGUAGUCCAGAGCACGAGGCCAAUAAUUGAGGGUUCCAUUUCCCAGGGCACACCAAUAAAGUUUGACAGCAACUCAGGUCAAUCUGCCAUCAAACACAAUGUCAAAUCCUUAAUAACGGGACCCAGCAAACUACCCCGUGGAAUGCCUCCACUGGAAAUUGUACCAGAGAGCAUAAAAGUGGUGGAACGAGGAAAAUAUGAGGAUGUGAAAGCAGGUGAGCCAGUACGUUCCCGGCACACAUCAGUGGUGAGCUCUGGCCCCUCUGUCCUCAGGUCCACACUUCAUGAAUUACCCAAAGCACAGCUGAGCCCAGGAAUUUAUGAUGACAGCAGUGCUCGGAGGACCCCUGUGAGUUAUCAAAAUACCAUGUCCAGAGGCUCACCUAUGAUGAACAGAACUUCUGAUGUUACGAUUUCUUCUAGCAAGUCUGCCAAUCAUGAAAGGAAGUCGACACUGACCCCUACUCAAAGGGAAAGUAUAUCAGUCAAGUCUCCAGUGCCUGGGGUGGAUCCUGUUGUGAGCCACAGCCCGUUUGAUCCCCAUCACAGGGGCAGCACUGCGGGAGAGGUUUAUCGGAGCCAUCUUCCCACACACUUGGAUCCAGCCGUGCCUUUUCACAGGGCUCUGGAUCCUGCUGCUGCAUACCUGUUUCAGAGACAGCUUUCACCAACUCCAGGCUACCCAAGUCAGUAUCAGCUUUAUGCGAUGGAGAACACAAGACAAACAAUCCUAAAUGAUUACAUUACCUCACAACAGAUGCAAGUGAACUUGCGCCCAGAUGUAGCCAGAGGGCUUUCACCAAGGGAGCAGCCACUGGGUCUCCCAUACCCAGCAACAAGAGGAAUCAUUGACCUGACCAAUAUGCCUCCAGCAAUUUUGGUGCCUCAUCCAGGAGGAACAAGUACUCCUCCCAUGGACAGAAUCACUUAUAUUCCUGGUACACAGAUUACUUUCCCUCCCAGGCCAUACAACUCUGCUUCUAUGUCUCCAGGACACUCAACACAUCUUGCAGCAGCUGCAAGUGCAGAGAGGGAGAGAGAGCGUGAGAGGGAGCGUGAACGGGAGCGGGAGAAGGAGCGAGAGCGAGAGCGGAUUGCUGUGGCUUCCUCUGACCUCUACUUGCGUCCAGGCACAGAACAGCCUGGCCGACCUGGCAGCCAUGGAUAUGCUCGCUCCCCUUCCCCUUCAGUAAGAACUCAGGAGACUAUAUUGCAACAAAGACCCAGUGUUUUCCAGGGAACCAAUGGAACCAGUGUAAUCACACCUUUGGAUCCAACGGCUCAGCUACGAAUCAUGCCACUGCCUGCUGGGGGCCCUUCAAUAAGCCAAGGCCUGCCGGCUUCCCGUUACAACACUGCUGCGGAUGCCCUCGCUGCUCUUGUGGAUGCUGCAGCUUCUGCACCCCAGAUGGAUGUUUCCAAAACAAAAGAGAGUAAGCAUGAAGCUGCCAGGUUAGAAGAAAAUUUGAGAAGCAGGUCAGCAGCAGUUAGUGAACAACAGCAGCUAGAGCAGAAAAGCCUGGAGGUGGAGAAGAGAUCUGUUCAGUGUCUGUACACUUCUUCAGCCUUUCCAAGUGGCAAGCCCCAGCCUCAUGCUCCAGUAGUGUAUUCUGAGGCUGGGAAAGAUAAAGGGCCUCCUCCAAAAUCCAGAUAUGAGGAAGAGCUAAGAACCCGAGGGAAGACUACCAUUACUGCAGCUAACUUCAUAGACGUGAUCAUCACCCGGCAAAUUGCCUCGGACAAGGAUGCAAGGGAACGUGGCUCUCAAAGUUCAGACUCUUCUAGUAGCUUAUCUUCUCAUAGGUAUGAAACACCUAGUGAUGCUAUUGAGGUGAUAAGUCCUGCCAGCUCACCUGCACCGUCCCAGGAAAAACUGCAGGUCUAUCAGUCGGAGAUUAAGGCAAAUCAAACAGAAAAUGAUCCCACCAUACAGUAUGAAGGACCACUGCAUCACUAUCGACCACAGCAGGAAUCGCCAUCUCCACAACAGCAGCUGCCCCCUUCUUCACAGGCAGAUGGGAUGGGGCAGGUGCCCAGGACCCAUCGGUUGAUCACACUUGCUGAUCACAUCUGUCAAAUUAUCACACAAGAUUUUGCUAGAAAUCAAGUUUCAUCGCAGCCUCCACAGCAGCCUCCUACUUCUGCAUUCCAAAAUUCACCAUCAUCUUUGAUGUCUACACCUAUCAGGGCUAAAACAUCAAGUCACUAUAGUCCAGAAUCCCAAUCUCAGUCUGUCCUCCAUCAAAGACCAGGUUCCAGAGUCUCGCCAGAAAAUCUUGUGGACAAAUCCCGGGGAAGCAGGCCUGGAAAAUCUCCAGAGAGGAGUCAUAUCUCUUCAGAGACCUACGAGCCCAUCUCCCCACCCCAGGUUCCAGUUGUGCAUGAGAAACAGGACAGCAUGUUGCUCUUGUCACAGAGGGGCAUGGAGCCUGCAGAGCAAAGGAAUGAUUCUCGCUCACCAGGGAGUAUAAGCUAUUUGCCUUCAUUCUUCACCAAGCUUGAAAACACAUCACCCAUGGUUAAAUCAAAGAAGCAGGAGAUUUUUCGUAAGUUGAACUCCUCUGGUGGAGGUGACUCUGAUAUGGCAGCUGCUCAGCCAGGAACUGAGAUCUUCAAUCUGCCAGCAGUUACUACAUCAGGCGCAGUUAGCUCUAGAAGCCAUUCUUUUGCUGAUCCUGCCAGUAAUCUCGGCCUAGAAGACAUUAUCAGGAAGGCUCUCAUGGGAAGCUUUGAUGACAAAGUCGAGGAUCAUGGAGUUGUCAUAUCUCAGUCUGUGGGAGUAGUACCUGGUAGUGCCAGCACCUCACUUAUGACCAGCAGUGAGGCACGGAGGGAUGAAGGGGACCCGUCACCUCACUCAGGAGGCGUCUGCAAACCAAAGCUCAUCACCAAGUCCAGCAACAGGAAGUCUAAGUCCCCCAUUCCUGGGCAGGGCUACCUGGGAGCUGAGAGACCCUCUUCUGUAUCCUCCGUCCACUCAGAGGGUGAUUACCACAGGCAGACACCAGGGUGGGCCUGGGAGGACAGGCCCUCUUCUACAGGCUCAACUCAGUUUCCCUAUAACCCUCUGACCAUGCGGAUGCUCAGCAGUACACCACCAACACCGAUUGCAUGUGCUCCCUCUGCUGUGAACCAAGCAGCCCCUCACCAACAGACCAGGAUCUGGGAGCGGGAGCCCGCCCCUCUACUCUCCGCACAAUAUGAGACGCUGUCUGAUAGUGACGAUUGAACUGCACAGAAAGGGGCAUUGGGGUCAGGGCCCAGAGAAAGCGCUCCAGUUUCUGGUGGUUUCAUUUUAAUUAUAGGUUAAAACCCAGCCUUCCUGUGACUGUGCCCAAAGACCUUUCAGAAGAUCCAGGGCCACAGAGAUGAAGAAAUGAUGGAAAUUCAUUUGUGAAGUCAAAUGGGAGAAAACAAAAACCUGCCUUUGAUAUAGGCAAUUCAGUGGAUUAUAAUAAUAGUGGAGGGUUGAAAUGUAGAAUUUUUAAAAAGUGGACAAUUCCUGUUCUUACAUCUGUUUGUAAAGAGAAAAAAAAAUCACUGUUCUGUAAAUAGAUGACCUUUUUGCAGUGUAUCCCCUUGCUGUAGUAUUUGGUGUACUUAUGUUCAAAUCAGCGCAUCAACAUUGGGGAUAAUUUUUAAAAAUCUUUUUGUCUAUCUUUUUAACCCUUGCCUUCUAAACAACCUCAUACAGCCCAUUUACAUAAUGUUGGCUGUCACGGGCAUUGUACUUUUAUCUGAUUUUCUUUCCUUUAAAUUCAGCUUCCCAGUGAUGUUUAAAAUCUUGUGAAAAUGUUUAAUUUUUUACACAGACCCUGCUAUAAAACCUGUACAUUAGGGUCAAAAAGUAGGAGCAACAAAAUUCUGCCAUAUUGUAAAUUUCCAGUGUAGGCUUUAAUUUUUCAUUAGUAGCACUGAAAAAAUACUAUUGCAUGGGUAUGUUAUACUUCAGUUUUAAAGUUUUAAAGGCUUAUUUGAGGCAUACCUCACUGUUAUGCACACUGGUAAUUUAACCAUGCCCCUAAAUACUCCUUUUCUUCUGCAUUUGAUGCAGCCCAACAAAGCUUUUGUUUUGAAAUAAAUAUAACUGCCCUGUCCAUAGCUACAAUAGAUUGUGAUUUAAGACUCUUGGUGUCUCAGGUUUCAAGGAAAAAUAAUUUUUCUUCAAUUUGAUAUAUAUGAUUGGUUGAGUUUAAAGAAUGAUCUAUAUAUUAUCUCAGUCUUUUUUACUUGCUUUGGUACUGCAUCCUGAACAAAUAUUUCCCGCCUCUGUCAGCGCCUACUUCAGGAAUUCACUGUUAAUGUUUUCACUUUACAGAUCUGCAAGGUGCAAAUAAUGUAGAAGAUUGAAUUCUAACCUAAUUGUGGUACGGGGGUCAAUUUUAUCCCUAUUUAAGAUUUGUUGAAUUUUCAGGGUUUUUUUUUUCAUAUAAUUAAUAGCAUUUAAGCAUCCUUCAGUAGCAUACUUUUUUUUCCACUAACUAUGGGAGAAUGCCACUCAUAACUGGAAAGGCGAAAAAGAGGUCUCUCAGGAUGAUACAAACUAGCACUUUACAGAUUUUCAAGUAAACCAAAACUUCUAAACAAAAGUACUCAAUCCUCUUAAGGAAGCAGUUCUACAAUUAACCACUGACUGACACCCUCCUAUCACUAGCAGCACUGUUGUCUAAUUCCUGUUUUACAGAUGAAGACAGGCUUAAUAAUGCUUUACUCAUAUAAUUCAGUAAGUGACAAACACAGGCCAUUGCUCAUGUUUGUCUAGCGUCGAGGCCUUCAUGCUUGUCACUGUUCUGCUCUUGUACACUUGACGUCCUCAAAGCAAACUUUAGAUCAGAAUUAGUGGUCAGAGUUCCUAUUACUUGGAAAGUUGGUAUCUUUCUAAUAAUAUUUACAGGUAUAAUUAAUUAUACCAUGAAUGAAAGUGAUGACUAAAAAGUGAUGACUAAAUGUUCUAAACAGUUUUCUCCUCAGUUUUUUUCAGGUACCAGUAAUAUUCUAGAACUUAAUAAUUGCUAACUGGCCCAAAAAAGGAACAUGUUAUUUUUCUGUAACCCUGAGCAUCUUAAAUCUAUUUAGAGUCAGACUAGAGCCUAACUUUAGUUAGUUUUACAGUUCUAGUUGAGAACCCCAAGGUGAGCUGAUGCUAACCACUCACUCCACUCUCAUCAUAGCACUUGGGUGACUAUACUUCACCUACCAUCACUUGGAGAAGAAAUUUCAGAAUAGGAGAUAAACUCCAGUAUCACUUCUUAGUUAAAAGUGAUGAAAGGGUAGAAUUCUCAUACAGCUUGCUUAUUUAUGGAACAAACCCUGAGAGAGGUGGAAGUUCAUCUUACCAUGAUGCCAACAGCAAAUACAGCUCUGACAGUGGCUGAUGACUUGCGAAGCCAGCUACAAACCAAGGCUUAUAACUCUGUAGGCUUAGAGUCAGCAUUUUGAUGCUGUAUCUUUAGGCCUGACUUUUUAGUACUGAUAACUAAACUAAGGUCUUCCAACCCUAUUCAUAGGAAUACUAUAAUGACAGCCAAUUUUCCAGUGCAUGUUUACAGUUGGGAAUUUCAUAAAUGCUUUAAUUUUGAAAUGUUGAUUCUACUUUAAAUAUAUUUAUGCCCUGAAUACUCCAAAGACAGUACAGAAAUUUACACUAUUUUAAACAUUUCAAUUCAAACCAGUAAAGGAGAUCAAUGCUCCUUUUGCUUCACUACCUUGUUUUACACCAGCGCAAAUGAACUUCGAUGAGAAUACCCACAGGUACAGACUGUCAUUUUGAAAACUACUAGUUUUUCCAGAAGUGGGACCAUGAGCUCACUCAUUGUAGAAGACUAAAAACUCUUAAAUAAAACAUGGAGUUAAAAACCUAACUUUUAGUACCCUUGCAAUUGUGAAAAAGUAAAAAGAUUCUCAAUACA